UAUGCACCCGUUCGGUAUCAUCCCGUAAGAGCGCGCCCGUUCGCUCGAGCGCCGUUCCGUUCCGCCUUCACAAUAGGGGGAGGUGGGCCGAGGAAAAGCAGCAGCCAAAGGGUCAGCGAAGAGUAAAGAAAAAAAAGAAAAGAAAAAUCAGUGCAAACGAUACCACCGUGAUACUGGACCACCGUGAGUUUGAACCAUCGUGUGCCAAUGUGAUCGUUGUGGUUCCAACGCGCUGUCGUGCAGUUCGCCUUCGUAACAAGUGGAAAAGCGCAGCUUCGCUUUGAAGAUUCUUCACAUCCUUAAACCGAGCAGAAGUGAUUCCAUCCCAAGGUUUCUGUACCGGGACACGGUGUUGCGCCCACUUGCUGCGCUUUCCAGCUAGUGUGCGUGCGCGCGCGUGUGUGUGUGUGUAUGUGUGAAUGAUUUGAAUCGAAGAAAGUUGGUACGAUAGAGGAAAAUACAACUCAACCUCGACCAAAAACCACUUGUGCGUUGUGGCGAACAUUCACAGGUGCCCUUUGGCUGACCUAACCGGAAGGAAAUAGGAGAGAAAGAAAGAGGGAACACCGAAAAGACAGAGAGGGAGACAGAGGGAAAGAGAGAACCAGAGAGAGGGAGAGAGUAAGAGAAAGCGCACCCGGAAUGGGGUGCUUCCGGUCCCGGGGAAAAGGCAGGGCGGUUGGGGAAUCAGCGCUUUCCUUCGCAUCGGUCGGUGAGCAGGAUGCUUGGGCAGAGGGAAAAAUGGCCAGCAUUUUCCAGGAAAACGGUGGGAAAAAAACCCGAUCCCAACCAAACGUGGGUGACACUCCGGUGAAGAUUGGAAGCCAAUCUUGGAGUUCGGAGUUCGAAACGCACACGUGCACACGUUGUACCGUUUCCAUUUUGGGUCCCGGAGGAUGGAAAGCCGAGUCGCACGGGAAAACGGCGUGAGAGCCGACUCGUACAAGUUGCGAUCGCCGCCAGCUUCCGGGUGAAGGCCUGCGAGCGCACCUGUUUCCAUUGCAUCGCCGACAGCUGUGGUGAAUUUUCCAAUCGAUUGACGUGCGAGCCUCGUUGGCGCGGUUGGCUCAAUUCAAAAGUGUGUAACGCAUCGUGACGCAGAAUUCGAGCGUGUCGGUGAGGUGAAGGAAAGUGUGCGUGUGUAUUUGCAUAUCGAUUCGUGCGCAUUUAAUGCACUUUGGUACUGGGAAGGAAAAGUGCGGGAAGAUAGAAAAAAAAGAAAAGCAAAAACAAGUGGAACUGGUGAACCAAAGUUUGCUGACGGGGUUUUCCAGUGGUGACAACAAAAAAAAAAGAGGGGAGUAAAGAAAAACCCCAGCUGAACGUCAAACCGAAUGCGGGUUGAUUUUUUUCCGUCGUCGCGAAAGCAACUAAACUAUCGUUUUGAACUGCUUUAAAUACACGCCAAUGAUAAGCGGCCAAGAUAGCUGAAGGAAACGAGCAACCCAUCAGUCGUCGUCCGUGCGCGCUUUUGUCGCCCCUAGGAUGGAGCGCCAUCGUUAGCAUCAUGAAAGACGGCGAUAAUGUUCGAUUUCCAUCGAUGACUGUCCUCUCGCAACAUCCCACAGUUGGCUGAAGCGGACACCGUUACUUAUCUCGUGCAUCGGCAGCCGGAAAAGCGGGGACCGUUCGUUUCUGUGUGUAUGUGAGUGUGUGUGUAGGUUUUUCUAUUGCCACCCCCGUUUACCGUUGCCUGGUUGGUGAGAUGGAGCACCAGUGGUGUGCGCGACGGUGGAACACCUUGCCAGCUUCCGUCACCAGCAGCCUGCACGUGCACUGCCGGCGGGAACAUGCGGAAAGCGACGCGUAAAGCCUCCCACCGGAACACUGGCAGCGCGGCAAUCUUCCAGCGCGGAGUGGGCGGAGAGGAAAAACGCCAGCCGAACCUGGUGGCCGAAAUCGCAAAAUCGUCCGCGUGCGCAAAGGACAGAGCCGGUUGGAAUGAAAGUGAUUAAUCAUCGCCGCACGCCAACGGUCCCGGAACGUCUCGGAAGCAUCCCGGGGGCAGCGUAGGGCGGGUGAGGGAAGCAUUGGGAAAACGAACGGACACGAACGGCGCGGAAAGAAGAGCGCCACGGGGGGAGGGAGCGAGAAGCAACAAAAACCUUCAAGGCCUUCGGAAAGCCUUAAUCGGAAGGGAAGGAAAGAAAAGCGUAACGCGGAAGCUUCGAUUUGUUGCGUUUUCCGGGAAAGUCCCAGCAGUCCGAGCAGGCUUUCUACCAACGAGGAGAACCGGGCAUACCGGCGUCGGAUCCACGGACCCCUCAAGGGAUUGGAGUGGAGGCUAAAAUAUUACAUUUCGAAUACCAAACUUCACUGCGAAGGCGGAAGGAAGUAAGCAAGUUCCGACAUCGGGGGUCGAAGAAGUAUCUGCAGGAGAAAAGUUUCUUGCCCGCUUUUCCCAGGAAGUAACGGCUCGGAAGUGCUCACACCAGCACCAUUCGCCAUCCGGGGGAAGCACCCAGGGACUGGGAUGUGUGUGUGCGUGCUUUAGUGGACGUGGAAAGCGGUUUAUGUCCGAAGAGGGAUUUCUAGCGAUUUGCGUGAAUGUGAAGAUUAUUGCAUGUGUAGGUUGUGUGUGUGUCGGUGUGGAAAAUCGUGUCCUCUAACUCCUCCGUAUCGCGAGGUGUAAUCGUCGUUGUUCGUUAGUGUGUAGGAAGGCGAGCGGCGCCAGCGAAAGCGUUGUACAGUUUAGCGCCAAACACAAGCGUGUCGGGUUGUGCGGGUGUCGUAGUGAGUAGGAGUCCGGAGUUGGUAGUAGCCAUUUAAGGACGCGUGGUCCCUCGGGAGGGCGAACGGGGCCACUCCACAUCCACCGCGUCCACAGCGUCCCCAGGAGGGAGCGUCCGCACCCUUGAGGACCAUUGAAAAAUUCCACCGAAUAGCAUGGCGUCGGUCGCCGCUUGGUUGCCAUUCGCACGGGCGGCGGCCAUCGGCUGGGUGCCGAUCGCGUCCCAUCCGCUGCCGGCGCCGCCGGUGUUCAAGGACCGGCUGCGCUCGGAGGACGAGAAGCUCAUCAUCAACGUGUCCGGGCGGCGGUUCGAGACCUGGCGCACCACCGUCGAGAAGUACCCGGACACGCUGCUCGGCUCGAACGAGCGCGACUUCUUCUACGAUGAGGACAGCAAGGAGUACUUCUUCGACCGCGACCCGGACAUCUUCCGGCACAUCCUCAACUACUACCGGACCGGCAAGCUGCACUACCCGCGCCACGAGUGUCUGCUCAGCUACGACGAGGAGCUGGCGUUCUUCGGCAUCAUGCCGGACGUGAUCGGCGACUGCUGCUACGAGGACUACCGCGACCGGAAGCGCGAGAACGCCGAGCGGCUGAUGGACGACAAGCUGUCGGAGAACAGCGACAACAACCUGCAGCAGCUGACCAACAUCAGACAACGGAUGUGGCGCGCCUUCGAGAAUCCGCAUACUUCCACUGCCGCGCUCGUGUUCUACUACGUCACGGGCUUCUUCAUUGCUGUAUCUGUGAUGGCCAACGUCGUCGAGACGGUGCCGUGCGGGGUGCGGCCGGGCCGCGCCGGCACCCUGUCCUGCGGCGAGCGCUACAAAAUCGUCUUCUUCUGCCUGGACACGGCCUGCGUCAUGAUCUUCACCGCCGAGUACCUGCUGCGGCUGUUCGCCGCGCCGUGCCGGUGCAAGUUCGUGCGCAGCGUCAUGAGCAUCAUCGACGUGGUGGCCAUCCUGCCGUACUACAUCGGCCUCGGCAUCACCGACAACGACGACGUGUCGGGUGCGUUCGUCACGCUGCGCGUGUUCCGCGUCUUCCGCAUCUUCAAGUUCUCGCGCCACUCGCAGGGUCUGCGCAUCCUCGGCUACACGCUCAAGUCGUGCGCGUCCGAGCUCGGCUUCCUGGUGUUCUCGCUCGCCAUGGCCAUCAUCAUCUUCGCCACGGUCAUGUUCUACGCCGAGAAGAACGUCGACGGCACCAACUUUACCUCGAUUCCGGCCGCGUUCUGGUACACGAUCGUCACCAUGACCACGCUUGGCUACGGUGACAUGGUGCCGGAAACGAUCGCCGGCAAGAUCGUCGGUGGCGUCUGCUCGCUGAGCGGUGUGCUGGUCAUCGCGCUACCUGUACCUGUAAUCGUGUCCAACUUCAGCCGCAUCUACCACCAGAACCAGCGGGCGGACAAGCGGAAAGCGCAACGGAAAGCACGACUAGCCCGAAUACGAAUAGCGAAAGCGGGCGCCAGUGCGGCGUUCGCGAGCAAGAAGAAGGCGGCCGAGUCGCGCCUAGCGGCGCAGGAGUCCGGCAUAGAGCUGGACGACAACUACAACGACGAGGACAUCUUCGAGCUACAGCACCACCAUCUGUUGCGGUGCUUGGAGAAGACCACGGACCGGGAGUUUGUCGAGCUAGAGACGCAGUACAAUGGGCAAACGAAGCGGCCAGGAUCGCCGUCCCCGAUGGCCAGCCCGUCGCAUUCGGCCAACACGGCCACCGGAGCCACCGGUCUCCUCCAGUCCUGCUGUGGACGUUGCUGCUCGCAGCGAUAUCAGGUAAGACUGGCGCGCCGUACGUCCCCCGACGUCGUCUCCUGGACGGCGGAGGACACACACAAAUGAAGACCCAGGAAAACAAAAUAAAAAUUUAAAAAAUGGAAAGCACACAGAUACACACACACAUAUACAAACACAUACAUACUCAGUACAUACACUUAGACCGUGUGUAGCGUGCACUCCAUGGAUGAAGCAGGUUGUUCGAAGUGCAAUAUGAGAAAAAUAAACAACCACAUUCGGCUAUUCGACACUCCAAAAUCCAUCCGAACACGUUAAUUCGUGCAAAACUGCCACACAACACUUACACUCGUAAACAAAACAGACACCAAACGGUUGGGGUUGUAAAAACAAAUGAAAUUGAAGUAAAAGCGAAAUGUUAUAGCAGGAAAAACAACACCACAUAUGGGAAAACCAAAUCCGAAGCCAAUCGUUAAAGGAAGCUUAUUGGAUGGCAUUACAUUUCAAAACAAAAGGCAGGAAGGCACAAUUUGAAACUUCAUUGGAAACAUGGGGACCAAAGUGCUUUAGAAAAUUAGAGAAGGAACUUAACAUUUUGCAGGGCGAAUUUGGUAGCUUUUAUUUUUAGUUCUUCCGAAAGACCGGUAGCCCCUUCGAAUUAUUAUUGUUUACCACGACAAAACAGAAAAAACGAAAAAAAAACAGUUGCACACAAAACAUGAUACACUUGCAACAGAAAGUACACUCCAACGGAAAUUUUACACAAAAACACUUAUUAUAAUAAAAACAUCUUGCUAAUGAAGCAAACGGUACUUUGCGACUGGAAGUGGAAAUUUAAAAUUAAUUAUAUAAAAUACUUCAAAAUGAAACGACCAAAUCGAAGAAAAAAAAACACUAGCUUCAGAAGGGUGAAAUACAAAACCUUUAGUGAAACACAGUUCAUUCCAUCGAUCGGUUGGUUAAGUUUGUGAAACUAGGGCACGACCACACGAGGCAGAAAAAGACGAGAACGAGCAGUAAAGUGAAAUAAGAUUGAGAAUGGAAAAAUAAAACCGCAGAACCGAACGGUUCGCCGCG